AUGCCUAGAAAGAAGUCUGCCGCCAAAAAGGCCAAGCUUGAAGCUGAAAAAUCAAAGGCUCAAGCUCAAAGGGCGAAGGUUGAAGAAACAGUGAAGCAAGAUGAUGAAGUUUUAGAUUCAAAGUCAAAUCGCCAAGAUGCAAUCGAUGUUGAUGUUAGUGGUGACACUGACUCUGAUUCUAGCUCUUCUGAAGAAGAGGAUGAUUUUGGUGAACUGGUUACUGAAGAAGUUGAAGAAGGUAUUCAGAACGUUCUGACAGCAAUUAGGAAAGGUGACAAGGAUAAAUUGCUAGAUCCAAAUGUAAAGUUCUUUGAGGAUCCUGAAGAGGCUGCAGCGAAGUUAAAGAAGACCGAGAAGCAGAAACCGAUCUAUUUAAAGGAUUAUCAUAGAAUGACUUUGCUCUCUGGAGGUAAUCCUGGAGACAAUGAGGAGUUUGAGACUGUAGAUGGCCAGCAGUCGUAUGUUUCUCAAAAGAAGGAAGAAAAAGCGCAGUUACUUGAUGAGAUUAAUGAGGCACUUGGUGACAAUUCCAAUGAUGAAGAUGAGUUUUUGGUUAAAAAGGAAAAGACAAAUGUCGCUGAAAAUAAAACCUCACUCCCAGAUCCUGAGGUUGACGAUGAAAAGUUUCUGGAAGAGUUUGUGAAACAGCAAGCUUGGAUUCCAAAAAAGGGCGAUAAGAUUUUGAACCUAGAUGCCACCAAGUUUGAGGAGGACGACGAAGAGUUCGAUGACGCUGUUGAGCAGUUUGAGAAGGCUUACAAUUUCCGAUAUGAAGACCCUAACGCAGCUGAGAUCGUGUCAUACGCCCGUAAUCAAGCAACCUUAAGAAGGUCGGCAUCAUCCUCUCGUCGCAGGAAGAGAGAAGAGGAGAAAGCGGAGAAAGCCAAGCUGAAGGAAGAAAAAGAGAAGGCUAUCCAUAAAAAGAAGACUGAGACCGUGCAUCAAAUCACAGAUGUGUUAGAACGUGUGAAAAAAGAGUAUGGUUCUGAAAUUACGGAGGAUAUGGCAGCCACUCUAACCAAAACCCUAUUAAAUGAUGAUUACGACGACAGUAAAUGGGAUGAGGUCAUUGGAAAUCUGUUUAACGAUGAGUUCUAUGAUAAAGAAGGCAAACCAACCUUUGGUGAAGAUGACGAUAUUAUGCACGAGUUCUACGAGGACGGUGAUGUUCAACAUGAUGAAGGUAGUGAAGAAGAAGCGCCAGCAAAAAAGAGGAAAAAGGAUAAGAAGGAAGAAAAGUUAGCUAAAAAGCAGGAAAAGAAGCAACUUGCUAAGCUUGCUGAGGAAGCUGUAGAGAAGAACAAGCUUGCUCUUAUUGAAAAGGUUGAGGAAGAGAGAGGUCGUUCCAAAAAAACAGACGACGGAUUGAAAUUUAGAUACAGAGAAGUUUCACCUGAGAGCUUCAAUUUGACAACUAGGGAAAUUCUUGCGGCCGAUGAUGCUGCUUUAAAUGAAUAUAUUGGUCUCAAGAAGUUUGCACCAUAUAGGCCAAAGGAAUUGAGGAACAAGGAUAAGAGGAAAGUGACUAAAAGCAAGAGAUUGAGGGAAUGGAGAAAAAAGGUAUUUAGAAACGAGGCAGGUUUGCAAGAUGAAUCUGAAAAUUAG